AUGGAUCGUCUGGCGCAGUUUCAGGCGGCCUCUGGUCUCCCGCUGCUCGGCGGUGUGCCGCCCCCUGGCAGCAGUCCAAACAACUUUAGUUGUGGAGAUCCACUCAAUCAACAUAAUAAUCCCACUCUCGUCUCCGUCACAGAACCCCCAUCACAGCAGGAUAUGGAGGCAGCACAGAUGUUGGAUGACUUCUAUAAACUCGUAGAGGAUGCGGGAAAGUCUAUAGAAAAUCUCACUACCCUCACACGUCAUAUCAUCGCCACCCACUCAGAGAUUAUGAGUACAGUAGAUACAUUAAAGUGUAAUAGUAUGCGUGCGGAGGUGGAGGAAUUGGAAAAUCAAGUUAAUGAUGCGGCUCGGACAUCUAGUCAAUUAGUAGACACAAUGAAAAAGGUAACAGAUAAAUUAAAGGAAAAUCCUGAAAAGGAAAGUCAAUUCAUUGGUGUUGUUCGUAUUCAGGAGAAUCAAAGACGGUUUAUACUUCAGAAACUCACGGAGGCAAUGGAUACAUAUCAGAAACAACAAACUCUAGCAGAGAACCGGUACCGCAAGCAAACAGAACGACAAAUAAAGAUUAAAUACACAAACCCAGAUGGAUCUGCUAUUGAUGAUGAUACGGCAAAAGAACUUGCCUUGGAAGUACUUGAAAAUAACGCUACAAGUGCUAUUUUUCAACAAAGUAAAGAUGUUUUAGCUCAAAUUAUUGAAACGAGAAAUGAUAUUUACCGUAUUGAACAAUCUAUGCGAUCUUUAAAUCAACUUUUUAAUGAUUUGGCUUUUCUUGUACAUGAGCAAGGAGAAAUUAUGGAUGUUAUUUUAAAGAAUAUCGAGAAUGCAACUCGUUAUGUGGAAACUGGUCGUAAAGAACUUAAAAAGGCUCGUAAAUAUCAAAAACGUAGUAGAAAGAAACUUUGUUGCUGUGUAGUGUUGGUGGGUAUUAUCCUCAUUUUAAUUAUUGUCGCUGUCGUUUUGGGGCUUAAGGUUUAA